UCUGGUUUUCGAGUCUCCACUCAGAUGAUAUUGGAGCUAGUCUCAAAGAAGAAGGUCACGUUGAACAACAUCAUCAUCAUUGAUAUGAUCAUCAUGACCACCUCCUCUUACCAACACCUUCCAUCUUUCCUGAUCUGUACAGCAUUGGGCCUCUCAAAACGCUGUCAUUUCCUUUCCCUCUCUAUAAUACGGUAUCUAACCAAUUUUAUCCUAUCAUAUUCUUUGUAUCCUUUGUAUCAGCCAGCUUGAACAGUGCUUAGCUUUUAUUACUCUAGCCCGCCCAAAUAGCGGCUCGGAUGCUGCAAGGAGCACCAUUCCUUUCUUGAUCUAGCAAUUGCCCUAAUUGUAAUACCAUUCCAAAGAGAGAAGUCAGGCAAGGUACUUUCUUGCCUGAGCUCCUCGCUGGCAUCCCUUCUGAUUCUAGAUAGAGUGUAUCUAGUAUGUCCUUACCUCGAGUCUCCUAUUUGGAGUCAUGGGAACAUAAUCCAGCCUCAAUCCGUCGCCAAGAUCAAUCGUCAAUACCCGAUUCAGAAGAUGAUGCGGCAUAUCACGAACUCCCAGAAGAGUCGCUAUCUUCGUCGUUCCCUUCAACAAUCAGCUUUCCGGUCUCCAGGCAGCGCUUAAAUUUCAACCCAUAUGCCGGACCAGGCUGGAAUGAGGCAUCGGUAGAGGAUGCAGGAGACGAGCGUAGCUCUCUCCUAAGAGUACCUUCUCAGACACCCCGGCCUAGUCACAUAGAGGGAGAAGACAGGGCGACACAAAACGGUCUUGCGAAACAGCAGGAAGCGUCGAUAAUAGAGACAACUAGCGCGUUUGAAGUCUGUAUUGCAGUAAUCUACUGUUUCCUCGCUGCGGGCGUUGUCUUUGGUUUCGCGGCGCUGAAGCCAGUGUUAAUUCGGGAAGGCGUUUACCACAGUAUGUGCUCGAAGGAGGAGCUAAAUGAACGCCAAGAUGUGUGCUACUCACAAGAGCUUCGUCUCAACCUGAUGUUCACUAUAGCCGCUGUGGCGACCAACGUAUCUGCCCUUCCAGUCGGAACUAUUCUAGACACGUACGGCCCGCGCGUGUGUGGAAUCAUUGGAAGCGGUCUCCUUUCUCUUGGUGCUAUACUUUUUGGACUCUCAGGUAGCAUUGGCUUCGACGGGUACAUCCCAGGGUAUCUUUUCUUGUCUUUGGGCGGACCAUUCAUAUUUAUCUCAUCCUUCCAUCUUUCGAAUACAUUUCCUACCCGCUCGGGGUUGAUCCUGUCCAUGCUCACAGGUGCAUUCGAUGCCUCCAGCGCACUGUUCUUAAUCUUCCGUCUGAUUAACGAGAACACAAACGACCGGUUCACAACAGGGAAAUUCUUCUUAGCUUACCUCAUUGUUCCAGUACUUAUACUAGCCGCACAGCUGACCAUCAUGCCAGCAACAUCUUACAAAACCGCUGGGGAGCUGGUUCAACAAGCAGAAGCCGAGAUUUCCGCCGAAGCGAACGACAGGGUGGAUGAUGAUAUCUCAGAUCGGAAUGAAGGCGAACGGCAACGGAAUGACCGUCGCGUUCAGCGCCAAGAUAUCGUCAACAAGAUUCAGGACCUCCUCACAGAGGGAGGACCUGAUCACGCAUCUAGAACCGAAGAACCAGUACUCAGAGCCAACGGAGUCGAACCAGAUACCCCAUCAGCAACAAAGCCCCAGAACACCACCGGUGGUGUUUGGGGUGCAAUGCACGGCUGCUCGGCUUUACAACAAGUUCGAUCCCCAUGGUUCGUCCUCAUCACUCUUUUCACUGUACUCCAGAUGCUCCGAAUCAAUUAUUUCGUGGCCUCAAUGCGCCAGCAGUACGAAUACCUGUUCGGGUCGCCCGAACAAGCCCGGAAGAUCAACGAACUAUUUGACUUUUUUCUUCCCCUUGGCGGUCUUAUUUCUGUGCCUUUCAUUGGAGCUAUCCUCGACAACGCCAGUACCCCCUUCGUCCUCCUCGUGCUCGUAUCAACCGCAACCGUGAUCGGUGUUCUCGGUUGCAUUCCUCAUAGCAUUGAAGCCGGAUACACAAACAUCGCCAUCUUCGUCAUCUAUCGCCCGUUCUACUACACCGCUGUGUCGGACUACGCAGCCAAGGUAUUCGGCUUCCAGACAUUCGGGAAGGUCUAUGGGCUCAUCAUCUGCCUAUCGGGGUUGGGUAAUUUUGCACAAGCAGGUCUUGACGCCCUCACCUUCAAGGUAUUUCACCGCAACCCAAUCCCUGUAAAUGCUAUCCUCACCCUCGUGACCUGCUUGGUCGGUAUCGGAUUGGUUGGUUUCGUUUGGUGGAGAGCAGGGACCAUUUCCACCACAAAGCCAGGACUUAGAAUCCUGGAGAACGGAGAUGCCCAGAUCCCCAAUGACCACGAUGGUAUCGCAACUAGAGAUUGGGAGCGGGAACCCUUGUUGUAUCGGCCUCCGUCGAACGUGGCGCGGCAUGCAGAAUCGCCGUCAUACGGCAUUUCAGGUCCAUCGUAACAUUCAUUAAUUUGUAGAGUAGCGUAACGGGCUUUUUUUGCUUUUACCGGUAGAGACAUAUAUCAUGUGUGACCUGCGAGAAAGGAUAAGCGGUCAUUAUUGUGCUCUUGUAUGUACUGCAUUCGAAUGGAAUUAUCAAUAUAUUUGUAUACUAUGAAUUGUACUUCUCUCAAUACAACAUUAAAUUUAAUUAGAUAUAUAAUCCACACAUAUCAUACAAGACCGAUGAUAUCCCAGGUGUGCAAAGAAUUGAUCUCUAACCAGUA